GUUGUCGGAUACUGCCGGAAGUGGCUCUGUUUGGUUGGAGAGCUGAAGUGACCUCGAGUUCCGCUGACCGAGUUGCGGGUCCGAGGUGACUUCUACUGCGUCCGUCGCGGGCGGAGUCCGGCCCGAGCUGGAUAGACGCAGCCUUUGGCGGGAUUUCAGAAUGACUGACACUUCUGAAGAUGUUUCAAAUUUUGAAGAGAUGUUUGCCAGUAGAUUCACAGAAGAUGACAAAGAAUACCAAGAAUACCUGAAACGCCCUCCUGAGACCCCACCAAUUGUCGAGGAAUGGAAUAGCAGAGCUGGUGGAAACCAGAGAAAUAGAGGCAACCGGUUGCAAGAUAACAGACAGUUUAGAGGUAGGGAUAACAGACGAGGGUGGCCAAGUGACAAUCGAUCCAACCAGUGGCAUGGACGAUCCUGGGGUAACAGUUACCAGCAGCACAGACAAGAACCUUAUCACCCCCACCAGUAUGGACACUAUGGUUACAACCAGCGGCCUCCUUAUGGUUACUACUGAUAGGAUGUCAGCAGCUUUUAGUAAAACUAUUUUCUUUGUUAACAUGACAAAAGUUUGUGUGUGUCUUCUGUUUGGUCAUAGUUUUACAUCUGAUUUUAGAGAGUGGAUUGUUAAUUUUUUACAAUUUGAGACUUUUUUUUUUUUAAUAGGUUUUACUAGAGACAUACGAUGGUAGCUAGGAGUAAAUAGUCCCCUAAAAAAGAUUAUAUUGACUUCUACCUCAGAUUCAUCUUUAUUUCACAAUUUAAUAGUGCUUUGAGUUUGGUGUAUUUUUUCUGUGUUUGACCCCUAGGAAUUCUGACUUUGUUUUACAGAAAUAAAAAUUUUAAAUAGAAAAUGCUUGCUUUUACACUGUGAGAUAAGGAAGUGCCCAUAUACUCAGCUGUGCUCAUUUCUGAAAUUUUACAGAGAUUAGUACAGUCAACUUACAGAUUCACAGCUGUGCUUAUUUGUAAUAUACAUAACAUCAGUAGCUAAAAGGUAAAAACACUGUAGUAUCUUUUGGCUUUCAUUGUUAUGUGAGUAACACUACUUGUGGUUGCUUACUGUAUAGGUAUGAGUCAGCUCCACAAUCAUUUUGGUCUCUUUUUAGAGGGAAACCAAGAAUAAAGUUGUAAAAUUAGGAAGGAAUCAGUCUCAGUUUCAGUGUCUGUUUAUCUGGUGAUGGGUGGGAUUAGGGCACAUCAUUUUAGGUAAACUUUAAGACUUUUUGCUAACUUAAACAUCCAGCCAACCAACCAAUCAGUUGCUGUUGAGUCAACACCAAUUCUUGGUGACCCACUGUGUCACAGUAGAACUGUGCUCUAUAAGGUUUUCAAUGGCUGAUUUUUUGGAAGUAGAUCACCAGGCCUUUCUUUCGAGGCAUCUUUGGGUGGACUUGCACUGCCAGCCUUUUGGUUAGCAGCCAAGCAUUACCCAGGGUCUCCAUCUUAAACAUAGGAGGCCAGAAUUCACAUGCUAUGUAAACGUUUAACUAUGUAAUGUUCAAACUUUCCCUUUCAAUCAGAUAUAAGUAACGCUGCAUUUUGACUUUUUAAUUACUUUUAUGAUAUUCGAUGUGGCUUCAUUUUAACAAGUUAUAUUUGCUUCCCAGUGUACACCCUUGCUGGUUUCUCUUCUGUAUAUACAGUGAUGUUGUACCUACUUGCAGAAUGAUCAUUCUAUUUUAAAUCAUUUUACAAUGGUGUUUUUUUAAAUCAUUUUUUACAACCGUUUACAAUGGUUUUAUUCAAAUAACUCAUGUAAAAUUAAGCAACUUCACUCCCAAGUUUUGGCAGUUAGCCCAUUCAUUAAUGUGCUGAGCUUUUUUUUUUAAAUCAUUCUGACCUUCUUAUUUGUUGAAAAGCGUUUAUUCAGUUUAAAAGUAAUGUUAAGAGUACAAGUUUCAUCAUAGGUCAAAGGAAUUAAAAAAGCAUCUUCCUAUAUCUGCCUUCUGCUGUCUUCUGUCUUAGCAUACCACUCUAGGCCCUUGAGACUGACUUCAGGUACUCUCCAUGCUCUGAAUCCAUCUCCCCCCUCCACUCCCUCUUCCUGAAGAACUGUCUUUUCAGGUAACUUUUAUUGGAGAGGAUCUCAUAAACCAAUUCACACUGACGUGUUAAUAAAAUUUUAAUAAUAAGGGAAGGGUUUCCCUGCACUCCUCAGAUUACGUCAGUAGGCAACAAGCCACAUUGUUACUUGAAGACAGGCAGCCUUGAUACUAUAGAGCCUAGAGAGGCAAGACUGGCCUGAUUGCAUCCCAGGUUCUUCUCUGAAAGCAGAAGGGUUAUUCAAGAUAUUUGUCAACUGAUAAAGCACAGGCACUGACCAGUCAGGACAGCAGCUGACCAUAAUUUUGGAGCAGGAUCGUGGAGGCCCUCUGCUUUGCCAACUACUAACACUAAUUAGGGAAAUCUCUGGGGCAAGGUUGGAGCAGGGCAAUGCCUCAGAAAGCUCAGAAGAGAGGUUAUUUUCCAACAGUAUUUAAAUAUUUUAACGCCUGAACAGCUAGGGUGCAAAUGGCCUUACCUGGAAGGAUGGCCAUUAUAAGCAUCUUUUUUAUUAUUUUUUUGAAUAUUUGUUUUAAUUGUGCUUUAAGUGAAAGUUUAAUUUCUCAUACAAACAUUUAAUACACAUAUCAUUAUGUGACACUAGUUGCAGUC